CGCACACACACAAACUCCCACCCACAGGCCACAACCACAAGCAAGCGCGCUCGGCCCGGUUUAUACUAUUAUAUUUGAACACGUACGUGCGCGUGAGUGUGGAAUUUCAGCUCGCUGCUUAAUGAUAUACUCCUAGCUAUAUAUACACAGUAGUAUAAUAAUAUUAUAAAGGAGAGGAGAGUCAGCAAACUUCCGUCGAUCUCUCUCGAUGGUCAUGACGCUUACGAGACACGACUCGGGAGAGAGCAAGGAGAUGGAGGGCCUCCGUGCGCACUCCGAGGCCGCGCUGCUCACGCUGUCGUCGACGACGACGGGCGGCACCGGCACCGGCACCGGCACCGGCACGGCCGCGGCGGCGGAGGGCGCGUUCGAGUGCAAGACGUGCAGCAAGCGGUUCCCGUCGUUCCAGGCGCUGGGCGGGCACCGCACCAGCCACACGCGGCUGCAGGCGCGGACGCUCGUCGGCGACCCGGCCGAGCGGUACGACGACAGGCCGGCGGCGCGGGUGCACGAGUGCGCCGUCUGCGGCCUCGAGUUCUCCAUGGGCCAGGCGCUCGGCGGCCACAUGCGCCGCCACAGGGGCGAGGGCCCGCCGCCACCGGCCGCGCACGACGACGACGGCGACGGCCCCGCCCAGCCGGACCGGGACAUGCCCGACCUCAACCUGCCGCCGUUGGACGACGACGAUGGCAGCCAAGCAGGUUCACGGCAGUCGGGCGGUGGUCGCGGCUCCGGGCCUCAGCUGCUCAACCUGCUCGUAUAGCGUGCGUGGCGUGCACAGAUUGUGGUUCGGAUCGAGAUGUAAAUGAAUCGUGGCUUAGAUUUUGGAACCUACUACACGUGAGAUGGAAUUCUUCGAUGACGAGCUUAUUUAGUUCCAUAGGUUGUUCCUGGUUUUAGUUGGUUUGCUCCUUCGUGUAAUGCCUAUUGUUCGGUUCAAUUCAUUUGUUGUGAGUAAAAUAUACUCUCACAUUAGACAUUUUAACUCUUGUUUUUUAUAUAUACGUUUAAAUGGAUGGUAAUAAAUCUA